AUGGCUUACCAGAACAGACCCAAGCCUCUAAUGAUUUCAACAACGAGAUGGCCCGCAAAUGCGUCAAUGCUGCAAAGACGCUCACGGACAUCUUGCCUGACCAAACAAAAUGCAGCCUACUUGUACCAGAUUGGUCCUUGGUGGUCCUUGUCUUAUUACCUCAUGCAAGCACUUAUAGUCCUGCUACUGGAGCUAUCUUUUGAUGCGGUACACGAUCCUGAGCGCGAAGAGAUACUGCCAAAUGUCAAAAAGCUGAUUCGGUGGCUGAGAGUCUUGAAGAGAAAGGACAGAGUCGCAGGACGUGCUCACGACUUAGGCUCUGGAGUUCUACAGAGUCUGGCAUCUCGACUGAAUAUAGAUCUCUCCGAUUUCUUACAAGAGGAGGCAGCGCCUUCAGCAAGACCGACUUCACGAAGCUCUUCCGCGCUGGGCGUUAACGACCAGUUGCAAUUGUUCUUCACCGGCGAAUUCAAUUACGACAGUGGAAUGAGUCAUCAGUCGAUGUUUGCAUUCCCACCACGCACUUACCAAGGAGGUUUGCAGGUACCGGAAGCCGCGGGCUCUGCUAUCAAUCUGCCUCUGGGAUCGGGAUCACCCGGUACUUCUUUCGGCAACGCGUUCAGCACUUCCUACGAUGAGCGAAAUCUCAUUUCCUCUUACUUUCCAAUGUAG